AUGUCUGCACCAAAAUGGUGGAAAGAGGCCGUUGGCUAUCAAAUCUGGCCUGCUUCAUAUAAGGAUUCCAACGGUGAUGGCUACGGAGACAUUCCCGGCAUCAUCAGCACGCUCGACUAUGUCAAGUCCCUGGGUGUCGACUUCGUCUGGCUGUCUCCUACCUACGAUUCUCCUCAGCACGACUGGGGCUAUGACAUCAGCAACUACGAAGAUGUCUGGCCCAAAUACGGCACCGUGAAAGACAUGGACGUCUUGAUCGAGGGGUGCCAUUCUCGGGGCAUGAAACUGCUUCUCGACCUCGUAGUCAAUCAUACCAGUGACGAACACGCGUGGUUCCAGGAGAGCAAGCAGUCUCGCACCAACGACAAGGCAGACUGGUACAUCUGGAAGGACCCGAGGAUGAUCAAUGGCGUUCGCCAUGCUCCCACCAAUUGGAAAUCCAAUUUCGGAGGUCCUGCUUGGACAUACGUGCCCGAGAGAGAUCAGUACUACCUGCACAUCUGCCUCCCACAGCAACCUGACUUGAACUGGGAGAAUUCCACCACUCGCGAAGCCAUCUACGAGUCUGCGAUAAGGUUCUGGCUGCGCAAGGGCGUCGACGGCUUUCGCGUGGACAUUGUCAACCACUACUCCAAAGAUCAAUCCUUCCCGGACGCGCCCAUCAAGUUCCCGGAGGAUGAGGUCCAACCCAUGGAUCCGAAAUUCUUUCUCAACGGCCCACGCAUGCACGAAUGGCUUCAAGAACAACGGCGCGAAGCCCUCGACCCCUUUGGCAGCGACGUCGUCCUCAUAGGCGAACUGGCCCUGACGUCAACAGAGGAGACGCUCCGAUACAUCUCCUCUCACAACCGCGAGUUGGACAUGGUCUUCGACUUUGAAUGGCUCAUGUCAGGCGUGGACCCCAACCUUCAGCCUUACGAAGCAGGCCCCCCGGUCCUCUCCGAGGUGAAAGCCGGAUUCGCGAAAGCCCAGGGCUUCAUCACGGACCAAGCCCUCGACAGCUGGACAACCGUCUUCAUGGAGAACCACGACUGCACGCGGUCCGUCUCGAAAUAUGGCGACGACAGCAACCCAGCUUCCUGGUCUCGCAGCGCCAAGUUACUCUCCAUGCUGCUCUGCACCCUCAGCGGCAUGCUCUUCGUCUACCAAGGACAGGAAAUCGGCAUGACCAGCCUGCCCGAAACCUUCUCGCUGGGGGACAUGCGCGACGGGCCGUGGAUCCAAGCCCUCGAGGCUGCGCUCGCCAAACACCCAGGCGACGACGCGUACCGCCGCAAAAUCAUGCGCGGCUUCCGCCUCAUGGGCCGGGACAACAACCGAACGCCCGUCCAGUGGGACGGCUGUUCCGCGGGUGCCGGAUUCACCUCCGCACCAACGCCGUGGAUGCAGCUGAACGACAGCUACAAGACCGUCAACGUGCAGAGCCAGCUCGGCGUGCCCGGCAGCAUUCUCGAGUUCUGGAAGCGCAUGAUCCGCUUGCGGAAGAGCCCCGAGUGGAAGGAUUUGUUUGUGUACGGCGACUUCGAACUGCUGGACCCGACAAACGAGAAGACUUUUACUCUUGUCAAGAGAAGUCCAAGCCAGGACCGAAGUGUGCUUGUUGCGCUGAAUUUUUCGGGCGACGAGCAGCAGCCGGUUUUUGUACCCGAUGGCCUCGAUUUGAAUGGUUGCCGUGUCUUGAUGUCGAACUAUGAUGAUGAUGAUGAUGCUGACUCGAUUGUUCCUAUGAGAGAGACACUCCGGGCAUGGGAAAGCAGGAUAUACAUCAUUGAUAAGGCUGACUAG